AUGGAGCAAGUCCACCAACAGCCGGCGAGCCACGUGCUCGAGACGCCGCUAUGGAUGAUGAUUGUCCGGGGCCUCCAGUUCCUCGUUUCGCUCAUCAUCCUCGGCCUGGCGGGCGCCUUGAUGCACGACCUGUACCUGGACGAGUUUGGGCUGUCUGUCGCUACUGUAAGUCGUCGUUCCCCCCUGAGUCCUCACGCAGCCGGGAAAAGCGAAGCGCAAUCUGACCGCCGUCCCUUGCAGGCCAUCCUCACCUGGUGUAUUCUCUUCUACGCCGUGUUUACGGAAAAGAUCCCCCCGUGGCGGACGGCGUACCACGUCCUGGCCGUGACGGUGCUCGACGGCUUCCUCGUCGUCAUGUGGCUGGCUACGUUUGCCGCCGUGGCCGCCCGCCGCGCCACCUUCAAAUUCAACGUGCAGGUCGGCGGGUGCGUCGACGACGGCAGCAUCAUCGGCAGCAAGACCUGCUUCACGAGGCGCCAGCUGGAGCGGAGGGACAUUCUGUUCAAGAGCGGCGGGGAGAUGAUGAGCUCCAUUGCCGGGCUGGGCGCCCUCCUGUGGCUCAUGUCUAUCGCCACGUUUGUGUGGACCAUUGUCAUGUUCCUCCGCGGGCGCAAGGAAGGCCGCUUCCCCAUUGUCGGCGGCGCCAGCGGCUCCAACAACUACCAGAUGGAACCCAAGGCUGAGCAGGGAGCUUCCGUGAUGCAGCCGCAGCCGCAGCCGCAGCAGCAGCAAUACCAACCGUACCAGCAGCCCGUCCAGCCGCAGCAGACGGGCCAACACGAGCAGUCUCUGAGCCAGAACCCGACGCCGGCGCCGUACCAGCCUGCCCAGAGCCCGUACCAGCAGCAGCCGCCGUACCAGCCUCCCCAGGACGCGCAGCAGUAUGCUCAGUACGGCCAGCAGUAUCCGUCGUACCAGCAGCAUGUCCAGCAGGGGAGCGAGCUGUCGGCCACGCCGCUGCCGCAGCAGCCGUACUCUCCGUCUCCGGUGACGAGCUCGCCGCCUCCUCAGCAGGAGCAGCAGUAUUACCACCAGCCGCAACAGCAUCCGAAGUAG